UCUUAAACACGGUAAAACCUACGGAUUGAAUUGAAAAAAAAAAAAAAGUCAUGUCUUUGAAUGUGGAGAAGAGUAUGACGACAAUAGAUAGAGGCAUUAAGGAAGGCAAAGUGACCUGUCUAGACAGUUGAUUAAACUGAGAAAACUCAGAUGAUUCCAGAAAUCUUGGUGUCAGUGAGGGGCAAGAAUGAGUGACUUAGGGAAUAAAAUUGAUUUAUUUUUAUAAAGUAAGAAACUGAGUCACGUAAUAUGGACUUAAGAUAUUAUUAGGCAGAGGCCAUGAUGAAAUUUUGUUUGUCUUCUUACAGGAUAACCGUCCUAGAACCUAAGCAGGAUUCCCAUCAUGGAGGAUAACCUUCAUAACAGCUCAGAGUUGCCUCCUUUCACACUGACGGGACUCCCAGGGCUAGAGACCUCCCAACACUGGCUGUUUCUGCUGCUUGGUGCUCUCUACACUGUGUCCAUUGUGGGCAAUGCCCUUAUUCUCUUCAUUAUCAAGGAGCAACAGAGCUUGCAUCAGCCUAUGUACUAUUUCCUGUCCCUGCUAUCAGUCAAUGACCUAGGUGUGUCCUUUUCCACACUGCCCACUGUGCUGGCCACAUUUUGCUUCCACCUAAGGGAAAUGAGCUUUGAUUCUUGUAUGGCUCAAAUGUUCUUUAUCCACUUCUUCUCCUUCACAGAGUCUGGGAUUCUGUUGGCUAUGAGCUUUGACCGCUUUGUGGCCAUCUGUAACCCGCUAAGGUAUGCCACAGUGCUCACUGAUGCCCAAGUGUUGCGCAUGGGCGUGUCUGUUAUCAUCCGCAGUUUCUGCAUGGUUUUCCCCCUACCUUUCCUUCUGAAGCAGCUACUCUUCUGCAAGGCCAAUGUACUCUCCCAUGCCUACUGUUUACACCCAGACUUGAUCCACCUGCCCUGUGGUGAUAUCACUGUCAACAAUAUCUUUGGCCUAUUCAUUGUCAUCUCGACCUUUGGCCUGGACUCUGCACUCAUUCUCUUCUCCUAUGUGCUCAUACUACACUCUGUGCUGACCAUUGCCUCCCAGAAGGAGCAGUUAAAGACUCUCAUCACAUGUGUGUCACACAUCUGUGCUGUGCUAGUCUUUUAUGUGCCCAUGGUUGGUGUAUCCAUGGCUGCUCGCUAUGGGAUGCAUGCGCCAAAGUAUGUACACACACUCUUGUCUCUGAUCUACCUCUUUGUGCCUCCAAUGCUCAAUCCUGUCAUUUAUUCCAUAAAAACCAAAGAGAUUCAUCGAAGGCUUCAUAAAAUACUGCUGGGAACCAAAUUUUGA